GGCAACAAAAAUGAAACUAAAGUUAGAUAGAUUUUAUGCCACGUACUUUUUGGAAAAAAAACCCCGAUAAUCAAGAGCUCUGAAUUACCUUCCAAAAAAUAUUGCCUUCCCAGGGUUAUAUUCCAGUAUAUCCCUAGUACAGAGUGAAGGAGUCAAAGUGUCAGGCAGAAGCACAGGGACUACUAUGCAUCCAUCCUGCCUCUGAAUCCCAAUUCCCAUGAAAAAUGCGUUUUCCUGGCAAGAUCCCAGGAAGGGAUCUUAAAGGCCAUCUAGUCCAACCCCCCGCAGCAAGCAGGGGCACCUUGCCCUCGAUCGUGUUGCUCGGAGCCUGAUGCACAGCAUCACGCUGCCCCCGCCCCGCGCCGGGACAGUCCCGGGCCCAGGCAAGCGCUGAAGACGGAGCUCCCAGCCCCAGCACGGCCAGCAGAUGGCCCAAGAACAGCUGGGAAUUCUCUCCCCAUCGCUGCUCUGCCGGACCGCGGGAGGGGAUGUGACUUCAGGGAGCCGCACAAAUCUCUUGGCGAUUCUCCAGCUUCCGACUUUUAAACCAUCCUCUCUGAUGUUCGCGUUACCUGUUUCUUGCUGCCCAGAUCGAGCCGGACACGGCUGUAACUCUCAGGAUCCAGCAGAAUCCCUCCUGCGCGGACCCAGCAGAGCAUCCCGCCGCUCCGGGAGCCGCGCCGCCGCAGCCGGGCUGGAAGAGGUCAUCCUCGCCACCCCUGAGCCUAGUCAUCCUCUCCUGUAGCCAUGGAGAACUCCUCCCUCCCUGAAAUCAAUUCCUCAUGUGCAGACUGCACUGGAAGAGGACAUGGGACUCUGAAUAUGUCCACUACUCCAGUAAGCCCCAGGUACUACAUCACAGUGCCUGUCAUCUACUCAGUCAUCUGUGCCGUGGGAUUGACAGGCAACACUGUUGUCAUCUAUGUAAUCCUCAAAGCACCAAAGAUGAAAACAGUAACCAACAUCUUCGUCCUCAACCUGGCCAUUGCUGAUGAGCUCUUUACCUUGGUGCUGCCCAUCAACAUUGCUGACUACCUGCUCCUGCAGUGGCCCUUCGGAGAGCUCAUGUGCAAGCUCAUCAUCUCCAUAGACCAAUACAACAUUUUCUCCAGCAUCUACUUCCUCACUGUCAUGAGCAUUGACCGCUACCUCGUUGUGGCAGCCACCACCAAGUCCAGAAAGGUGUCCUACCGCACCUACCGAGCAGCCAAGAUUGUGAGCCUCUGCGUCUGGUCCUUUGUCACUGUCAUCAUCCUGCCCUUUGCCGUCUUUGCCAAGGUACACAAGGAGCAGGGGCGCUCCCACUGCGUCUUCGUGUUCCCCCACCCCGAGAGCGUGUGGUGGAAAGGCAGUCGGAUCUACACCCUUAUUUUAGGCUUUGUCAUCCCAGUGUCCACCAUCUGCACCCUGUACACCACCAUGCUGUGCAGACUGAGAAAUGUGCAGCUCCACUGCAACGCAAAAGCUCUGGACAAAGCCAAAAAAAAGGUGACGCUGAUGGUGGUUGCUAUCCUGGGUGUGUGCUUGUUCUGCUGGACACCCUUUCACCUUAGCACCGUGGUGGCCCUCAUCGUGGACAUCCCACAAACCCCACUCGUCAUUGGGAUUUCCUAUUUCAUCACCAGCCUAAGCUAUGCCAACAGCUGCUUCAACCCUUUCCUGUAUGCCUUUCUGGAUGAAAGCUUCCGGAGGAGCUUUCGCAGACUGAUGGAUCGCAGAGCCACCUCGUAAAGCCAACCCAGCCAUCUGUCCUGUGUCCCUCACAUAGUCACUUGCUUUUCCUAGGUGAUUCCAGCCCAGAGAGUGCUUUCUCUCCAGUCUCCUUGUGAUGGCCCACUGGGCUUUAGUUUGUCGCACUACCCAAGACAUGAACUGGGGUUGUGUGGAUCUUUAUUACCUGUCCUGCACUCAUUUCCUUAGCACUGCCCUGGUUUCUUUUGUUAGUUUAUUUGUUAUUGUUUUGGGGUUUUUUUAAUUUCUUCUCUCUAAUGCUCUUUCUGACCUGGGUUUGGAGCUCACAGAGCUGCCACAGGUCCCUUUUCCCUUUUCAAAGGCAUUGCUUUGUGAACUCAAGCCGCACGACUGACUCAGUUAUUGGUGAUUUGUAAAUCUUAAUAAAAGUGUGUCACUGUAAGUUUCUCUGGGUCUGGAUUGAAGGCACUUGAGAAGGUAGUUCAUGUUCAGACUCAGAUGUUUAUUAUUUCUUAUCAGUAAAACAGUCUUACUACUGUGAGUUCAGCAGUUUUUCAUUAGCAAGGCACAAAAUGGCUAACAAUCUCUUGUUACAAGGUCUUUUAAGACUAAACUAUCCAAUUAAGAAAGGACACCUAUAUUUUUCCUUUUAACCCAAUAACUGAUCCCAAAGAGCCCACAAUGCAAAUUUUCUGCCCAAUUCCAAACAUCAGCCAAACCCAUGAAGAAGAAGGAAAAAGAAGCAUGAAGAAGAAACUCAGGAUGACACCUUGUGCCCUCCAUCUUCCUUCCAUCCACAACAUACUAAAAAUCCCAAAACCUAAAUUUCUCAUCUAAGUGAUAUACCUACACUACUCUCUAUAAUCUAUUUCACACUUUUGUGGAUUCUAGUGUGUCUUGAAGUCUAGGAAACUUUCUCCAUGACUGAGGGUCAAAGUCAGUGCUCCCCUGGGGGGUCAGGGCACCCCAGAGCAGACAGAGAAAUAUUCCCAGUGCCAUGGGUUUCUACGCGUUACCAAGUGUCUUGCUUAAUAAUACCACAGCCUCAUUCCUACCUACAGGACCUGCUUACCAAAGUCUUGCAAACUUAGCAACAUCUCCAAAUGAUAAGGAAUAAACAAAGGUAUUGAGCUAAUUUCAUUUUACAGGACAGUAAGAUAAGGCAGUCAAAAUCCUUGAAACAUGUAAGAGAGGUAUCAGUCUGAACUUUAAAAAAAAGAGCAACCCCUCCCUAGUGAAUAAAAGACACAGAUAUGGGUUUGAAGCCACUUGCUGCAGAAAAUAGCUUAACAGUGCACUUGGUCAUUGUCAUUUGCAAAAAAUGCAGCUGUUGUUUAUAUCAGAAGUGGUGAUUACUUCAUUAUUUGUAAUGUGUUUAUGGGCUGUUUCACUUACAGAUAUUUAUUUUGUGGUCCUAGAAAACAGAAUCAGAGGCUAUCUUCAGAACCAGUAAACUUUUAAGGGUUUGAAAGCAUCCUUAUGAUACAUGGGAUCCUUCUUCCCUUAGAAAUCACAAAUAACUUGCAGUGGUUAGGCUACUCUUAAACUAUCUCUCACAUACUUCCAGUUUUUGGUAAGACUUAUUAAUAUUUCUCUUAAGAAAGAGAAGUGAAAUAAAAAUGGCAGAUGUAGGAUACUCCUGUGAGACUUUGCACCAGGUCCUUUCCUACUGCUGCAGUUUAAAGUUUUGCCAUAGGCAUAUGGAAAGUUUUUUUUCACUAAAUCCUCCCACAAAAAACUCCAAAUAAAAAUUUUACUCACAGAUUUUAGCAAUUAUGCAUGCCUGAUACUUUAUAAUAACAUAUGUCUAGGUUAAUAAUUAAAUAAUUUCUCCUUAUAAGACAUUAAU